GGUCCAAUUGUGAGGGUCUCCCUUUUGGCCGAGCUCCGCCUUUCUUAAAGCCCUGGCGCCCACGUUAAAUACACAAGCGCGCCCCUUCGUACCUGCAUUUUGGUGGUGCCUACGAGUCUGACUAAUAUAGGGCCCGGUCUCUUUGGGAUCUGUUGAGAUAAAGAAUUUCUACGAUUUUUUACGUUUUUUUUCUUUAAAUAAUAAAAAAAACCGAGGGAACGUAAAAAUAAAGGGAAUUCGCAUCUAUCGUCGUAAUUAGUGGGCCGAGUUCACACUUCUAUUUGAACCCAGCAGAUAUGUCACUAAGUCCGAAGCCUCAAUGCAGAACCCAGUUUUCCGUUGCUCACAUUCUGAGCCCUUUCGAAGAGGCGUUCAGAAAAGUGAGCGCGAUGGAUGUGCCCUCCACUUUCGGAGUUUCGUUCAGCAACGCGUACAGGCAACAACAACAGCAGCAGCAACAGCUGCACGAGCAACAGCAGCAGCAGCACCAACCAGGCCAACAGCAUCACAACCAUCAACAUCAGACGCAUCAUCAUCAUCAUCAGCAGCAGCAGCAACUGUUGCAGCAGCACGGUCAAGAUCAUCAGCUGCAUCACCACCCUCACCAUCAUCACCACCACCACCAUCACCAGCAUCUCAAUCAGAGUCUCGCGCAGCACCAACAGACUGCUCCCUCCUCCUUCCACCACGGCUCCGUGCAGAGCUACGGCGCGCUGGGCGCGGGCCUGGGCGGCCUCGCGGACAUCCAUCACGGCUACACGGACGCGACCUCCACCAGUUCAGCGGCAUGGCUGAGUCCGGCGCAAGAGGCGGUCAGAUUCCACUCGAGUGAGUCCUCCUGCUACUGCCUCUUCUCCCGCUUCGUUCACGGCGCCUCCACGAGCGUCUCCUCGGCCACGCCGAGCGACCCCGAGCGCGGUUCGGGGGUUCACGCGGGAGCCGGGGUCCCCUUCCUGCAGGCCGGGGUCCGCAUGCGCAAGCGGCGAGUCCUCUUCUCGCAGGGCCAGGUCUACGAGCUGGAGCGCCGCUUCAAGCUGCAGAAGUACCUCUCGGCUCCCGAGCGCGAGCACCUGGCCAGCAUGAUCCACCUCACCCCGACGCAGGUCAAGAUCUGGUUCCAGAACCACCGCUACAAGAUGAAGCGCCAGACCAAGGAGAAGACGCCGGGCGCCCUCCGUCAGUCGUCGACGGCGGACGGCGGCGAGGUGUCCCUGAGCCCGAGGACGAUCGGAGGAUCACCGGAGGACGUGAAGAAGGAGCUGAAGUCUGCGCAGGAGCGACUGGAGUCGGCGUCUGUCGGCAGCGAGGGGUCGGGCCACGCUCUGGCCGCGGAGAGGGGAAUGUUCCCGUGCGCCAACUUCUCGGGACACCCCUCCGGUCAGCAGCAGCAGCAGCAGCAGCCGCCGCCGCAUCAGCACCACCACCACCUGCAGAUGUCCUCUCCGCCCCACCAGGCGGCCGCCGCUUCCAGACUCCUGGCCGCGUCCCACGCCUGCGACUACGAGGGCCUCUUGCAGGCCACCGGCGGCGCUCUCUCGUGCGGCAGACUCUGGUGACUUCGAGCGCAGCGGUCGUCUUCAUUGCGAAGCCACCUUCCUCAUUCGUCUUCUUCAUUGCGAAGCCACAUUCCUCAUUCGUCUUCUUCAUCGCGAAGCCACCGCGGUGCCACUGAGCCGCCCCCCUGGUGGCCUUUAGUUAGGACCCCCCCCCUCCC